AUGGGGAUUCAAGUGUACCCUGGCAACAUCCCCGUCCCCAGUCCAGCCAAGCCUCCACCAAAGUUUGUCACGCGAGUCACUCCGUUUGAGCUCACUACGGGGCUGUACCAUUGGGCUACGUGCUUGUUCAUCGUCGCGCUCGUGUGUUCGCAGCUUCUGGGGGCUGUAUGGGAUUCACAGACAACAACAAGGCAUCUUCUCUACGGAAGGAGCCCAACGCUCGGGCCCUCGCAGAUUGUCGGCAUAAACGACGUCCCGUAUCCCGACCGUGUCGUCGCGUGCGUACGCAGGGGCAACUCGUACGAACCCAAGCUCGUGAGUUCUCUACUCGCAGCGCCCGGAGUUUCAGCCAUCCUCGAGGAUUCGACUGGUACAGGGGUUCACGGCUACCGACUCCGACAACGCCGAGUUGGGGCCGUCACCGACUCGCUGGACUCCGCUACCCAGAUUGCGUACGAGUCGUCCUGCAGGCUGAUCGCAAACACCAUGAACAAUAUCUUCAACGCGUGUCUGGCGCUGGGGUACACGAAUCUCACGCGCGACAACCUGCGAGUGGUCGACGACUGGGACAGUAAUAAUCUGUACAUGCUCCCCAACACGCUGCCCAUUCUCAUCAUGCCGUACUGGGAUAACGCUCCUCAGGCUCGACAUGCAGUUCCAACGUGGGGAGGCGACGCCUGCAUGUUUCGCCUGCAAGACGCGUACGCAGCCACUGGCAGCGCUUCUAAGCUAGCAAGUUUCCGGGCGGUGAACCGGAGCGUCCGCUUCGAGCGCACUAUGGAGUGGCUGGGACGUCCUGGGGGACGUUGGAAGAACGGAUGGUACGAAGACCUCGAGGGCGUGCGCUGGUAUGCGGAUCUGACCAGCUCCGCACCGGAAGCCCCUUAUUUUAUGAUGUUCCGGUUGUUCAAUAUGCGGACAGGAAAGGAAUGGGACUGCUCCAACCCGGGCGACUGUGAGGCGGCAGGGAAACUCGGUCGAUGGGGAGACAAGUUCAUCUCGUCCAGCAAGUCGCACAAGUUCAGCUCGGUCUCGAUUGCCAACGGGACGGAGUUUGGGCUGUUCCUCUACGAGUCGGACGAAAUACGCACCGUGCGCAUAACCUUCGACUGGGAGACGCUAGUCUCGAACCUGUCGGUUGGUUUGGUCUUGGCUCGGUGGAUCGUGGGGUUGAUAUCGUUACAUGUUGGGGCACUUCAAGGCAAAACUCAGUGGUUCAGCGGUGGGAUCGGUUGCGUCUCGGGGGCUGGAAGCUUCAUGCUGUUGCCAAUUGUGUCACUACCUCGACUGAAGAUGACGCUGGCAGCCUUUUGGACGGUGGGCUGCCGAUUCGAGGGACAGCAGAGCGGGCUGGCCGACGCGUGGUUCGCCAUCUACCCGGCCAUUGCUCAUCUGGUGCUGAUUUACUUCAGCCUGUUAAAUAUUCUAGCCAAGGCCCUACGCCGCCGUAUCUCGGACGUGUUGUUCACCCCCACGGUGGCCGCGUUUUGCCUUCUCCACUACUUUCGAAUGGAAAUCGCCGAGUCGGGGUGGCUGAAAGGCAUUGAUGGUCGCAUCUCGACCGUGGUGUUCUCGGACGAAGUUGACAAGAUGCAGAUGGUUGAUUACUUCACGACGGAUCUUGCCUGGCGCAUGAACGGCCGCGUGGCUUUAAUUUUCUGGUUAAAGGUGGCAAUCCUUGCUGUUAAUUUGCUGCCGCUCGUGCUAGCUCGCUCGUUUCCGAUGAACGAGCGACACUCUGAAAUGGACUUAAACGGGGUUGAAAAGGCCCUCGCGUUGUGCGCAAGACACGUUGGCGGUCUGGGGCAAUCGUUAACCUACAUAGUUGUAGAGCAGGUCGAAGCGACCUAUAAAAUUGCGCUUGUGAACAGCUACGAGCUCAUCCGCAUGGGGUAUCUCGUCUUCGGUGACAAAUAUCUCAUGACUUUUGACGAGUGGGAUCUGCUAUCAUCAAUGGCCCCAUCUAAGGCCUUCGUCCACUUCUGGAACCACCGCGUGCUCGUAUGGAAGCUUCGUCCCGUAGCUGUCGAUUGCCACGCUGAGAUCGCUGGCGGCCGGGCGCUUCAGUGGAUACAACCUCAGAUGUGGCGACUUGACGACCCAAGGUUGCAGCAAGUUCGGUGGUGGCAGGUGUCGGCGUGCAGCAUUCAGUGCUGA